GUUCUACUUUUCAGACAACACGGAAGCGUUAGCGCUUGCGCUCGUCACUGAACAUCGACUACUUAAAUGAGAGCGUCUGGCUGAUAGAUUUGGACACUCAUCUUCUCAAACAUCAGACCUUUGGAACUCUCCCAACGUUCAACCCAAAAUGCCCAUCAAUCUUGACAACAUUUCAUUCUACUCGGCUCCAGCGCAAGCUGUGCGUCCACCGGCAGCCAAAAGCACAAUAAUACCUCCUUCAGACGACACUACGACCACACCCGAUCAGAACACGAGUCAUAGAGACAAGAACCCAAUCGUGUCCUCCCAAUCCCUUCCAGAGGCAAAUGUUGAGGGCAAAGUCAUUUCAAAAGAUAGGCCGUAUCUGCGGAUUGAACGCUGCCCGGCAACAGGCGAUAUGGGCCACAGCCCAGCCAAGAAGCCUGUGGCAGUGGACUUCAAUACGCGCGAGAACUCGCCUGAGACGGCGGCUUGGUCUGCCAACUGUCUACCAGUCUCGUUCCCUUUGUUGCCAUCCGGGGCAUUCGCUGCGGCAAUGCUUCCCUCGCACCCAGACCCAGGUCCCCAAGCUGCCAACAACACAGCCGACCCGGCUCUCCUUCUAAAGUCGACUGGGAAUGCAUCGACUGUCAGCUUAGAGAGACCUGUCAAAGAAAGCACUCCGCCAUACACCGAGCAGCUGCCCCAAGUGAGUCAAGCAGCCCAUGAUGAAUUUACGACCUGGCUGCAACAUCAACAAGUCGUGCCAUCCAGCAGCGCGGAAGUUGGAGAGACCCCAGAAUCCCCGAGAGGACCUGCCGAAAAGUCUGGCACGAUGCAAAGCCCAGUGUUAGCCGAAAGUGGGCUGCCGUACUCUAGUUUGGCAUCCCUAGGCCAAGACACGCCAUGUCACGCCGAAGAUUACACACGCCAACUCCUCUCCAGACAAGAGACUCUCAAUCCGUGGCCAAACGCUGGUAACAACGAAAGUAGCCCUAGCUCAACCGAUCGAAGCGAGCCACUGAUCACAGAAACGGCGUUUCAUUCCAGCAUUUAUUCACCUUCACCGGACGAAAUACACAUGGAUGCUGAGACGACAGCAUCAGAUGCUCCUCCUAUACACUUAUCUCGAGUCCAUCGCCGAGCUCGCAAAUCACGACUACCAGCGGGCGCUUAUGCUGAAGUCGAUUCGGACCCGGAAUCUAGCGAUGAGGAUGGCGCUCGUGGAACCAAUGAUGACUGCAUCGGAGAUCAAGCCAACCCGGACAGAAUCCAGCGAGGGCCCCAGGGCUGUGAGGACAAUUCUGACCAACGCGGUCAGCCAAAACCCAAACGUCGUAAAAGAAACUUCCAGGAGACUGUUGGCACCAGCAGGGCUCUGAGACCACGGGACACGUCAUCGCAAUUAGCAGUAGAGCUAAGACGAAGGUCAGAGCGGGCUCCAAAUCGACCAAGGACAAGUGGAAUUCUGACCCCGCAGGUCUCUCCUGCUUCUACCGAGAAAGAAAUAGACCCCAGAUCCUUCUUUGCGCAAUAUGAUGAGUGGCCUCUCAAGAAUGCAGUCCUGAAGCGCAUCACAGAUGGAAUUGUAACGACAUUUCAACUGCAAUGGGAGCAGCCGUCCACAGAACGACAACAGACGCAUUGCUAUCCCUCAGUUAGUCGGCCUUCAGGUUCUUCGCUAAAGGGACGAAAGUCUGCGAGGCGAUCUGCCAAGUCCAGAUGCCCGUUUUCAGAACAGGAGAAUGAACUCUUGAUUCAACUGAAAGGACAGGGCCUUUCAUGGAGGGAGAUCCACAACAGUUUCUCGAGUUCCUUUCCGGGCCGGUCUCUCGGGACGUUGCAAGUCCACUUCUCUACUAAGCUGAAGAUGACGAGAUAAAAGGGCUUGGUAAGGUGCGACAUAUGCGUGUAGAUAGGUCGAUGGAUUGAGAGAACGGAAAUGGACUUGGACAUGUAAGGAGAGAUCUAUUGUAGGUCUUUAAAUGUGUCAGAUAGCCUUACACUUCCCAAUUAUCACCCUGGAAAUUUUCGCGGUGUCAAGGAAGGAAGCUGGUUCUUUGGUCUGUCCUAUUAAAAACGCUGCCCUACAUCCUGAAUGACCAAUAUCUUUUUGACUGAUGGUAGGAUGACACAAAGUUGCUAACGUGUAUUGUCGGCAGCUGGAAUAAUCCUCCCACUCACCAAUUGCAAGUUGCGUUUCCUUCUAGAAGCGAAUAUCCUCCUGGAUUUUGACCCAACCAGCGAAACUCUCCGGAAUC